AAAGGCGCUCGGGACGCAGAAGAGGUGGGAGGCGCUUUGCGUUCCCAUGGAUUUCUUCUCGAAAGCACAGGAACCAGAAAGAGAUAAAUAGACAGGCAGUGAUACAUUUGGCAGACUGUUUGCAGGCACCGUGGACCGCAGUAAACAGAAGACGGGGCCAAAGGCGUGAGAAGUGGCGAGGCCAUGGGGGAACCAUCGGAGCUGGAGUCGGCCAUCGAGACGCUGGUGAAGACGUACGACAAGCACGCCGAGAGGGGCCUUGCCUUCUGGCAAGAGCGCCGUAUCCGGAAGAAAGCGUUCCGGAAGAUGCUGAACCAAGAGCUCAACCACAUGCUCACGGGAACCCAGUACAAGUCGGCAGCGGACAAGCUGUUCGAGGAGCGGGACGACGACGGAGAUGGCGCUCUCAGUUUCGACGAAUACUGGGACCUCAUCGGUGACAUUGCCGACGUGUGCGCCCGACUGAAACAGCAAGAGGUGGAAAGUGGGAAGUAGGGAGGCCCAACAGGAUCCUCGUUCGGCCACCCUGUUGUCUCUCGACGCCCGCCCACUUCUUGCCUGUCCCCGGGGCCACCUUCACGCGCUCCUGUGGCUCGGCUGGGCUACAUGGGACGCCCCCCUGCAGUGUCUCUGGGUGACAUCAAAAUCUAUGCAGGAGGUGAAGAACUGCUGGAGAGUUCGGUGGUUUGGGGGUUCAACUCCCCACUGGUUCUCCUCGACAGGGGCUGGACCGGAUGAUCUGGAGGGUCCCUUCUAGUUCUGCAGUUCCGAGAUGAUUAUGAAUCUGAUUGCCCACCUAUGGAAAGUCUUAGUCCCUCCAUCCGCUCUUUUGCAAGAGUUAAACCUGUGAAUGUCGUGUCUGCGGAAUGGGAUGACCGAGGGGAACCAACCGGGGGGGGGUGCGCUAUCAGUGUACUAUCACCUGUCAAUCUAUGCACAGCACGGCAAUAAAGGACUGGAGUGAGAUUGGUGUUUUUGAGUCCUUCCAUUUUCCUAUCUCAAGCAUGCCACUAGUCCUCAUUACUGCAAGAAGAUUGAAAGUAAAGAUGGUCUCGUACUGCCUUUCUAUUCCAGAUCAUCUGUAGAGAUGAGAUUCUCUAGAUUUUUCUGAAUUACAAACACUACCAUUCUCCAUUCUGGGAGUUCUGCCUGCCUGGAAGACAAUGGGA